AAUGAACUUUAUAGUUUAAAUUAAAAAAUUUUAAAGUGCCGCUUACUUUUUUAUAUGUAAUAUACGCAUGCGUGAGAAUAUAACCGCAACGCAACAAAUAUGGCGUUUACUGAUAACCUGAGUGAUAAAACGAAAAGAAUGCAAAUAUGUGUUGUUUUGUAAAAUGUGUAAUGUUUUUAUGUGUUUACCAACGAAAAAUGUAACUUCAGAAGUGUUAAAAAUGUUCGUUUGUUUUGUUUUGUGAAUAUUCAAGUGUAUUUUGUACCUAUUCAACAAAAUUUGUUAAUCUUAAAGUACUUGUUUGUUUAUUUUAUUUUGAAUUUAAUCAGUUUUUAUAAAAUUAUCUAAAAUGAGUCGUUGUCUUGAAGCACCUCCUAAUUCGGGGAGCAUAAACGAUAACUUUUCAGCUACGAUUCCAACAACUUGGUCUUCACAAUCAACCACAACAAAUACUUCAAAUACGCUGUUACUUAUUGCAGUAGAAUAUGUUAAAGACAACGAAUAUAAAUUUCACACUACUGACACUGCUUUUGCUGGUCACACAAUUGAUUCAUCACCUAUAUUUGAACAACAAGUUAGUCCAUUGGAUCCAAACAUGAGCUCUGCAGCUCAGUAUAGUCCUGAAAGUCCUUCUUAUCCAGAUGAGUCAAAUUCUCUUUCAAAUUCUACAGUGGUUGAGCAAUUGAUUUCAAGAAGUCAACAACCAGUUGAAAAUAGAUGUGGAGUUAACAGCUUUGUAUGUUCAGAUGGGCAAAAUCCUGGAUCUGUUCUUGCAGACAGUGGUCAUCUUUUAAAGGAUGUUACCACAGACCAGCUACUGUUAAAUCAAAAUGGAGUUGCAGGUGCAAUUGGUGAUGAUGGUUUGGCUUUAGUUUCAGAUCCUGAGCAGGAGGUAGAAUUGCUAAUAACAGACCAAGCAACAGGGAUUUCUUAUAGUGUCAGUGCUCAAGAAUAUUUGGUGGAAAGAUCUUUGGCAGAUGAUCAACAACUUUUAGAUGUUUUGGCUCCAGAUCCAUUGUUAGAUACAGAUUUUUUGGCUUUGGAUGAGUCAACGUUAAAAUGUGAAUUGAAAGAUAUUGAUGUUUCUAGUGGAAAUAUUUUGGGCACUGAAGAUGGCGUUUUGGAUGGAUCUGAUGUUAAUUUAGGAUUAGGAGAUACUGAUAAUUUAGAGGCAACUCUUGUGACAAAAUUGGAUAGUACUAAUGAGAAGGAUGUCUUGUUAAGAAGAUCACAGAGGCAAAACGAAACUAAUUCAAUUGAAAAUGAGGAAUCACUUUUAUCGAGGGUUCACACAAUUAGUGAUAAACCUGUUCCCACUCGUGCAAGAGCUUCAUUACCUGCCUCCUACCUUGUUAUCAAUAAAAAAGCAAAUGAUGAAUAUGGUGUGUUUGCAAGGAAAGUUAUACCAAAGAGAACUCAGUUUGGCCCUUUAGAGGGAAAACUUAAGCCUACAGAAAAAGUUAAAAAAGAAGAUAGUCUAUGUUUGCUAUUGGAAAUGGAAGAAGGAAAAAUUAUGCAGUUGGAUGUCUCAGAUGAGAAUAUUGCAAAUUGGAUGUGUUUUGUUCGUAAAGCCAAUAAUUCUAAUGAACAGAAUUUAGUUGUUAGCCAGCAAGGGUCUUCAUUAUAUUAUACAACUACUAAGUGUAUUUUUCCUAAACAGGAACUUUUGGUUGGCUAUAGUCGUUCUUAUGCUACAAAACAUGGUUUUCCAACGUUACAAUCGUCUCUAGAAGACGCAAAAGAAUGGCCUUGUUUUGAAUGUGGUGAAAGUUUUCGAACUUGGAAUGAAUUAAACAUUCAUGAUGAGGUUCAUGAUAUAAAUUUAAGGCAACCAAAGAAGCCUCACAAGCCAAAAGUAAAGGUUAAAAGAACCCAGCGGCCUCGAAUUCUGGAAUGCAAAGCUUGUAGAGCUACGUUUCCAAAUUUCAAAUUUAAUAUUUUCCUCACUCACCUUAGACAACACGGCAUCGACGAGAGGGAAAGUACAGAAGACAAAAAAAUUAAAGUAUCAGUCUGUGAUAUUUGUGAGCUUCUGUUUCCUAGCACCGACGUUUUAGCAAUCCAUCAACUGGAUCAUAAAAAGGACUUUGCAACAGAACUAGUGCCCUUAGAGUGUCCUUAUUGUUUUGAAAAUUUUUCACAAUUGAGCCAGCUUAUUUCUCAUGUUAACACACACACAGUUGGUAUGAUUGUACAACAGGCACAGAUGAAGGGUUAUAGGUGUCCAAUAUGUUACAAAAUUUUUGCAUCUAGAGAAAGGAUUCAGCGUCAUAUGUUAGUUCAUGGAUCGGAAGAAUCAAAACCCUUGAAAUGCGAUACUUGCGGUAAACGUUUCCUUAACAAUUCAGCUCUUGCUUGUCACGUCAAAACUCACGGUGAUGGCAGGUGCAUGUUCGAAUGUCCCAUUUGUAAGGAACAAUUUCGACACGUACUACAACUCAAGUUACACGUCCCUAAACACAAAGAGGAUGGUAAAUAUCCUUGUCCACAUUGUGACAAAAUUUUCAAGGAGUAUUGCAUUAUUCGUAAACAUAUUCGCGCUUUUCAUUGCGAACGCAAACACGGUUGUCCUCAUUGUUCAAAACUUUUUCCAACCUUGGACAAAUUAAAGAUGCACCUUCUGAGGCACUCAGAUCACAGAGAAUUUUUAUGUGCCGACUGUGGAAAGCAGUUUAAGAGAAAGGACAAAUUAAAUGAACAUACAAGGCGAAUGCAUACAGAGGAAAGGGAAAAUGCAGUCCCUAGACUUCCAAAAAUGGUGCAUCAGUCGAAAAAAUUUACUCCCAAGGUGCAGCCCACUGACUAUCAUCGAUUUAUUUAUAAAUGUCACUCUUGUCUUGUUGGAUUCAAACGAAGGGGCAUGUUAGUUAAUCAUCUUGCAAAACGACAUCCGGAUAUAAGCCCCGAUUCAGUUCCAGAAUUGAACUUACCAAUCUUAAGAACUACUCGCGAUUAUUACUGUCAGUAUUGCGAUAAGGUUUACAAGAGUAGUUCAAAGCGUAAAGCACAUAUUUUGAAAAAUCACCCCGGUCAGGAAUUACCACUUAGUAAUAGAAAGGUUGGCAAUUUUCCCGAAAUCCCCGGGCUUCCCAAUCCAACAUUUUCACAAACUGUCGGCAGUGUAACAACAAGACCUCAGGCGUGCCAGUGGUGCCACAAGCAAUAUGCAAGUAAGGCUAAAUUGCUUCAGCAUCAGCGAAAGAAACACCCUGAAUGUGUAGUGGAUGGGAGCAAUAAUGGGGUGGAAAGAAAUGGCAAUAAUGGAGAUAAAUUAACUAGUACUCAUCGAGGAACCGGAGUUGUUCAAAGGGAUGAAGUUUUAGGAAUCGUAAUUGAUGAUAGAGCUUGUUUUAAAAGAGACUUGGAAGCAACAAAUGAUGACCUUUUUACUGAGGUUGUGACAUUAGGAGGUGAUAAAGGUGACAAUCAGUUUUACCAUGUUAUCACUGUACCAAACACGAAUACUUCUGCAAACAUGAACAACAACAAUAAUAACAAUAAUAACGACCCUAACAACUAUUACUCUAGGAUUUACAGGUCGCUAGCCUCAACAGAAAGUAGACUAGUAAUAAGUGUAAAGUUGUUUCUAACAAAAAUGUGGGGACUUUUCGGAACACUAUUCCUACUGGUUACAGGGAUGUUUUCAGUUGAGGGCGAAAUAUUAUCUAUCCGCCAUGGAAUUCCACCGGCCAGGGAACCUGAAAUAAGAACAUCACCCGAAUGGGGUACAAUUACUCAAAGAGUUGAUCAUUUCAACCCAGCAGACAACAGAACCUGGGAAAUGAGAUACAUACAAAAUAACGCCUUUUUUGAAGAAGGUGGCCCCAUAUUCGUGUUCAUAGGCGGUGAAUGGGCUAUUUCAACAGGCUGGGUUAGGUCGGGCAUUUUCUUUAACUUAGCGCAAUUACAUAAUGCCACUUUAUUUUAUACAGAGCACAGAUUUUAUGGUAACAGUUUUCCAAUGGACGACUUAACGACCGAUAGUUUGAAAUACUUAUCUGCUGAUCAAGCUCUAGCAGACCUCAUGUAUUUCAUUGAAUAUCAAAAGCAAAACACACCAGGACUUCAAAAUAGCACAGUGGUAGUUGCUGGUUCAUCAUAUGCAGGAACGUUGGCAACAUGGGCAAGAAUAAAAUAUCCUCAUAUAGUAGACAUUGCUUAUUCUUCCAGUGGUCCUUUACAUGCUAAAGCUGAUUUCACAGAAUAUUUUGAAGUUGUGGAAGAAACUCUACGUCUUGCCUCCCCGACUUGUCCAGCGCUAAUCAGAAGAGCUAUGAGCGAAAUAGUGGAACUGUUAGAAACUCCAGAGGGUUCUGCCAAUGUAUCAGAAUUGUUUCGUACUUGUGCGUUUGUAAAUGGUUCAGUAGAACCAGACAGGUCUUAUUUUCUUAGUACCGUUGCUUCACCUUUUGCUACUGCAGUUCAAUAUGCUGUUCCUGGCGAUUUGAAUGCAGUGUGUGCGUACCUUGAGGCUGAAGAAGGAUCUGAUAUAGAAAAAUUAGCUGCUUAUGUAGCACCAACGUCGGGAUGUACGGCAUCUUAUGAUUACUUUGUAGAAUAUUAUUCCGCAACACAAAUAGGAUCGGGAGUUACGCGUCAGUGGUUAUAUCAAACAUGUACUGAAUAUGGCUGGUAUCAAACACAAGCAUUUGGCGACACGUUUACGGUAGAUCUGUAUUAUCAAAUUUGUAACGACAUUUACGGGGAAGUAUUUGGCUCAUCCACACUCAGUACCGGAAUUCAGCGAACAAAUUUAUUUUAUGGUAGCAUAGAGCCGGAAGUAACAAGACUUAUCACAUGCCAUGGUACAGGGGAUCCGUGGCACAAAAUGGGAUUACUUAAUGAUUUAAGUGAGAAUGUAGUUACAAUUGUUGUUAAUGGCACUUCGCAUUCUGCCGAUUUGUACUCGAUUAGAGCUUCUGAUUCCGAAGAGAUGGUUCAGGCAAAAAACAGGAUUAUGGACACAAUAAGUGCCUGGAUAUAUGAAAUAGAAGGAGACGGCGAAUCAACAACAGAAAUUCCAAUAACGAUUACGACAAUUCCCCCAACGACACCAAUUACUGGGGAUGAUGAUAAUAACAACGAUACGGAUAAUUUCGCCAUAUCAAAUCAUCCAACGAUGAUCAGCUUUCUUGGUGUAUUAUUUAUAGUACUUACUAUGUAAUUUGAAGAAAUAAAAUAUUUUUUGUUGCUAUA